AAGAACAACCGUUAGACAAGGUCUCUUCCCCUAAGGUUGAAAUUCUCUCCAUUCGCUUCGAAGCUACAACUUUCGUUCUCUGGAUUGGUCUACCGGCGAGCAUUUCCGAUGUCGGUAAGAACUGUGAAAGUUGGCAAUCUCUCCUUAGGCGCGACUGAGCAGGAUAUAAAGGAAUUCUUUUCCUUUUCUGGUGAAAUCGAACAUGUGGAAAUGAAUAGUGAGAAUGAGCGGUGUCAGACUGCAUAUGUUAUCUUCAAGGAUCCACAGGGUGCAGAGACUGCAGUUCUUCUUACGGGAGCAACAAUAGUUGAUCAGUCUGUUUCCAUAACUCUUGCGCCGGAGUACAAGUUGCCGCCUUCUGCUUCAGCAACACCAACUGCGGCAGAGAGCACAAAUACUGGCGCUAUCGGGUCUUCUGUCCAAAAGGCUGAAGACGUUGUCACUGGCAUGCUGGCCAAAGGCUUCGUUUUGGGCAAAGAUGCACUUGGCAAAGCUAAGGCUUUUGAUGAGAAGCAUCGGUUUACUUCCACUGCUUCAGCCAAAGUUGCCUCUCUGGACCAGAAGGUUGGUCUUAGCGAGAAGAUCACCAUGGGCACCACCAUGGUGAAUGACAAAAUGAAGGAAAUGGACCAGAAGUUCCAAGUUUCUGAAAAGACCAAGUCUGCUUUCUCAGCUGCCGAGCAGACGGUCAGUACUGCCGGAUCUACCGUCAUGAAGAACCGGUAUGUCUUGACCGGGGCUUCAUGGGUCACCGGCGCUUUCAGUAGGGUCACCAAGGCUGCAGGCGACGUGGGGAAAAAGACUAUGGAAAAAGUGGCGCAGGAAGAACAAGGAAGAAAUAGUGCAGGGGGUCAUACUCCGGUCCAUGAGUCGUCCUGAUCCCCAAGGGCUGCUGCAAGUGAGCAACCUCAGGCCCCGCCAUCCCUGCAACGAACUUGAUGUUUGAUCCUUUGAUUUGCUGAAUCUCGUGUAGAAUUGUGUGGUAUUCCUGCUAGCACUACUAUGGAUCUUUAGACCAUUAGGUAUGGAUAGAAUGAUGCAUGGUUUGCGUUGGAAGCUAUACGUAGGAGUAAAACUUUCUUUAUUUUGAUAGCAGAUAUUAAAUUAUCGAAAGUUUAUACGAUAAUAACAUAUCGGUCUUCAUCUCAUUAUGUAAAAAUAAUAGGCUACAUAAAGUCGCUUCUUUUUCCUGUUACUUUGGAUCUUCAAACCAUUAGGUACAAGUAGAACAAACAAUGCCUGGUUUGCAUAAUGUAUUGUUGGAAUCUAUAUAUAGCGUGAAACUUUGUUUGUAA